AUGUCCAUGCGCGACCGCCGCGCCUCCGCCGUGUCCCCGUCGCUGCGCUUCCUCGGCUUCAUCAAGCAGCCGGAUGACGCCGGCGCUGCCGACCAGGAGCUCGAGCUCGACGAGCGCGACGUAGUCUGGUCGUCGUCCCCCUCCUUCUCCUCGGCCUCCACCGCCUCGUCGCCCUCGCCCACGCCGUCCCCGUCCGGGGGGAGCCACCGGUGGCCCCUCUCCUCCCGCGCCUUCCCGUCCGGCGGCGCCGGCCUGUCGUCGCUCAUCGCCGACGAGGACAGCCGCUCGCCCAGCGCGGCCAUCCCGGCCGCGGCCCGACGGGAGAGGCAGCCGCGCUCGCAGCCGUACCACCAGUCUGCGCCGGUGGCCGUGCCUGCCUGGUCCAAGGCGACGGCGGACAGGCGACGCCGGGAGGCGGAGCAAGAGGCCGCUGACGAGGAGGACGAGGAAGACAACGAACUCAUGGUGCCGCCGCACGAGAUGGCCGCGCGCCGGGCCGCGGCGGCGGCGUCGGUGAUGGAGGGCGCCGGGCGGACGCUGAAGGGGCGCGACCUCCGGCGCAUGCGCAACGCCGUGUGGCGUACCACCGGCUUCCUCGACCUGUGA